UGAAAUUGAAUGCAUUUUUUCAAUGUUUUGUUGACUCAAAAUCUGAUGACAACUGUAUUUAGCAUUAAAUAGCAAUCAAUUUGAUUGGAUUUGUGCCCAAAACUGGCCGUACAUUCAAUCGGUUGUAUUGAUUGUCAAUUCAAACACUUUUAUACCAUAUUUUCGUAUAUUAUUUACUAUUUAUAGAUAUAAACAAUUCAAUUGUCAUUCAAUUCAAUACCGUUUGCGACAAAAAUCAAUAGUUUUUUAAUAAUAUUUCAUAAUAUUUAUAACGUUUUGUAAUGAAAUGAAAAAAUCAUAAUUAUUUUAAUGACAACAAAGUUUUGGUUUAUUUAAUCAUUUGUUAGUAAUUAUUAAGUGAUCGACAACUCAUUGGUUAUACCAUUUUGGAAAUAAAGCAAAACUAGCGGACAGUAUGACUGCCAUGACUCAGGACGAGAUCAUAACAAACACCAAAACUGUGAUCCAAGGCUUGGAAGCGCUGAAGAAUGAGAACCACACAAUUCUGGCCGGUCUUAUGGCCUCACUUGAUGUGGUCCGGGAGACGUCUAAAGGGGACGCCAACACCAAACUCAUGGAAGAUAAGGCCGGCAUUAUUCAGAAGAGCAUUGAAUCCAUUGAACUCGGUCUCGGAGAGGCACAGGUGAUGACAGCACUGGCCGGACAUUUGCAGACAAUCGAAGCCGAGAAACAGAAACUGAGAGCACAAGUGAGACGUCUGUGUCAAGAGAAUGCGUGGCUUCGGGACGAGUUAGCGAACACUCAACAGAAACUUCAGGCCUCCGAACAAAUGGUGGCCCAAUUAGAGGAGGAGAAGAAACACCUGGAAUUCAUGAAUUCACUCAAAAAAUAUGACGGACAGGACUCCACGGUCUCUGAGGAGUCGUUCAGCGAAAAGAGCAAAUCCGAAACCGAACCGCCCCUUGACUUGGGUUUUCCCGACGACGACGACGAUGUGGUUCAUCCCGAAGGCAUCCCUACACCUCCCGGACAGAUGGCCGCCGCGGCUAAUGCUGGCUACGAAAUACCCGCACGUCUGCGGACUUUACAUAAUUUAGUCAUACAAUACGCCUCUCAGGGCAGGUAUGAAGUGGCGGUUCCUCUCUGUAAGCAAGCGCUGGAAGACUUGGAGAAGACGAGUGGUCACGACCACCCAGACGUGGCCACUAUGUUGAACAUAUUGGCGCUCGUAUACAGAGAUCAGUAUAAAUACAGAGAAGCGGCAAACCUUCUGAACGACGCGCUCACUAUUCGAGAGAAGACAUUAGGGGAAAACCAUCCGGCAGUGGCCGCCACUCUCAACAAUUUAGCCGUACUCUAUGGAAAGCGCGGCCGAUAUAAAGAGGCGGAACCGCUUUGCAAGCGAGCACUCGAGAUAAGAGAACGUGUUUUAGGCAAAUCUCAUCCCGACGUUGCGAAACAACUGAACAAUUUGGCGCUUUUGUGCCAAAAUCAGGGCAAAUACGAUGAGGUGGAGAAGUAUUACUUGAGGGCUCUCGAGAUCUACGAGAAAGUGUUGGGAGCGGACGACCCGAAUGUGGCCAAAACGAAGAACAACUUGGCCUCAGCUUAUCUCAAACAAGGCAAGUAUAAGGAGGCGGAACUCCUAUACAAACAAGUGCUGACCAGAGCUCACGAGCGAGAGUUCGGUAGUAUUGACGCCCAAAAUAAGCCCAUUUGGCAAUUGGCUGAGGAAAGGGAGGAAAUCAAGAGCAAGAAUGGAGUGCCCAAUAAUGCUGAAUAUGGCGGUUGGCAUAAGGCUGUAGAUAAAUGUCCGACAGUCGCCACAACAUUGAAAAAUUUGGGCGCUUUGUAUAGAAGGCAGGGAAAGAAUGACGCGGCGGAAGUGCUCGAAGAGACAGCACUUAGAGCUCGCAAAGAGGCAUUCGAUGCGGCUGUACGUCAAGGCAAGUCUCCUCAUUAUUUAACCACUGAUUUUAUAGCUGCACAACAGCCCAGAGAUAAAAGACGAUCCUUUUCUAAGGACAGCAGUAGACGUGGGUCUCGAGAAUCUUUAGAGAGUAUGGGAGACAGCAUUGCACUCAACGACGACGUAAGUAUCACUCACUUCACUACUAUUUAACAUACAAUCCUAUGAUUACUAUUCAAAAUGUGCACACAUUGGGCAGACAUUAAGACAUUAAUUGAGAAAAGGCUGUCAUUAUAUGGUCUCAUUUAACAAUGAUUUGCAUGACUUGUAUGGCAAUCAUCACACAUCCGACUCUA